AUGUGCUUUAAGAACCCACACUCCUCCAGACCAGAGGAACCCGCACUCCUCCAGACCAGAGGAACCCGCACUCCUCCAGACCAGAGGAACACACACUCCUCCAGACCAGAGGAACCCACACUCCUCCAGACCAGAGGAACCCGCACUCCUCCAGACCAGAGGAACACACACUUCUCCAGACCAGAGGAACCCACACUCCUCCAGACCAGAGGAACCCGCACUCCUCCAGACCAGAGGAACACACACUCCUCCAGACCAGAGGAACCCACACUCCUCCAGACCAGAGGAACCCACACUCCCCCAGACCAGAGGAACCCACACUCCUCCAGACCAGAGGAACCCACACUCCUCCAGACCAGAGGAACCCGCACUCCUCCAGACCAGAGGAACACACACUCCUCCAGACCAGAGGAACCCACACUCCUCCAGACCAGAGGAACCCACACUCCCCCAGACCAGAGGAACCCACACUCCUCCAGACCAGAGGAACCCACACUCCCCCAGACCAGACGAACCCACACUCCUCCAGACCAGAGGAACCCAGACUCCUCCAGUGUAAGAACAGUGAGCAAGGGGAACCUCAAAGCUGCCUUCAACGAUGACCGCUUCAUGAUGCCUUCAUUCACCGAGGGGGGCUUCUUCUUCUUUCACGGAC